AGCCAUCUUGAAGUCAUGGACCUUGUCACGUCCUCACUCUCGCGGAUGAUGUUGGAGUUGGUAGUCGCCCGGGACUAUUGAAAUAUUCUGUCCUAGCAAACGGAGGGAGAGUCAUUGACCGAAGAUCGUGGUUGAAAAAGAAUCAAUUAUCCGGAUAAUACGGUCGAUAAGAUCCGAGAACGAAUUCAAAACCAAAAAUGCAUGGACACUUCCCAAAAUCCUAUAUUUUUCGGGAAUCAACUAGGUAAUUUCUGAAAAUUUCGCUGCCAGUUAAUUUACUGAACCGAAAGAGAUGCUGAAUUCGCUUUUGCAAAAGUCGUGCCUUACCUCAUAAAAAUCGUGUCCCACAAACGAAAAUGCAAAACUAUUGAAUUUCACGAAAAUAUUCAAUUCUCACGUACUAUUGAUCUCUACUAAUAAUUUACUUGAUCCUACAGUAAUCGGGAUUAUAAGGGAACCAUGAUACGAGAGCUAUUCAGAUUUUACAAUGAUCAGUUCCUGAAUCCGUAGUUGAAUCACAGGCCAUUACCACGCGGAUGAUAUGAGUCAACAAACUCUAUAAAAAUGGAAAUGUCAUUCCAUCGAGCAUAAUAUAUAGUCAAUUUAUGGACUGAACGUAAGCUCCGGCCGUUCAAAUUUAUGUCCGGCAGAGAAAUAAAUUGCUCAAUGGCUACAAUGAAAAGAUAUGCAAACGAAGUAUAAUCAUCUGUGGAUUACACGACAGCAAAUGGCACAAAUGUUUACUAAAAUCAUCAUUGGCGUACCUUAUCAGUUGUAAUGACGAAAGCAAUACGAGUAUCAUAAGUAUACACGGUUACACAACAAUGCCUUUAGCUGCUCCAUUAUUCAUGGGCAUUCGCGUAAGUGUAGUCGUUCCGCGGCUCAAGUCGAUAUAAAACGAAGCUCGCAGUAGUCUAGCACUUUUUUUCUAUUUUCAUUUUCAAAUUAUUUCAGUUUCUAGUUUUCAGUCAUCCUUCUCUAGACUAUCGACGGAGCUCUUUGAUACGGUAACAUCAAUGUCCCUGAAAGUUAUGUGGACUAAAAAAUUCAUUGCUCAGGUUUCAGCGAAAUGUCUGACGCGCCAACGUAACUUCAGCACAGCAUCAACGAUCGGAAAUAGUAAUCCUGAAUUUCCGAUCGCUGCAAACAUCUAUACGGACGAUCUCAAGUUCACAAAUGCAGCUUCGUACAAUCCCAUUCCAAUAUACCGAGUAUUGGGAUCCGCAGCCGCCGAGAACGAAGUUAUUGCCAAUGUUAAGCUGGAAAAGGAUAAAUAUACAAAGAUGUAUAAGGAUAUGGUAACGAUUACAAUAAUGGACAAAAUACUCUACGAAUCUCAACGUCAAGGGCGUAUAUCUUUCUAUAUGACCAACUCUGGCGAAGAAACUGUUCAAAUUGGAUCUGCAGCUGCUUUUAAUUUGGACGAUGUUAUUUACGCUCAGUAUCGAGAAGCUGGUGUAUUGCUGUGGCGCGGGUUCAAAUUGGAACAAUUCAUGGACCAGUGUUAUGGCAAUCACGCGGAUAUCGGCAAAGGCAGACAAAUGCCGGUGCAUUACGGGUCCAAGGAUUUGAACUUUGUAACGAUUUCCUCUCCGUUAACAACCCAGUUACCGCAAGCCGUUGGAGCCGCUUACGCGUUAAAACGUGCGCGUUCUGGGCGUUGUGUCGCAGUUUAUUUUGGCGAAGGUGCGGCAAGCGAGGGAGAUGCACACGCAGCGUUAAAUUUCGCUGCCACACUCGACUGCCCCGUGGUAUUUAUAUGCCGAAAUAAUGGAUACGCGAUAUCUACGCCUGCUAGUCAGCAAUAUAAAGGAGAUGGAAUUGCAGCAAAAGGUCCUGCGUAUGGUAUAAAUACAAUUAGAGUUGACGGACACGAUAUUUUUGCAAUGUAUAAUGCAACGCGUGCCGCCAGAGAUUGGAGUCUGGCUGAAGGAAAACCUGUGCUUAUCGAAGCAAUGGCAUACAGAGUUGGACAUCAUAGUACCUCCGACGACAGUAGUGUCUAUCGAUCCGCGAGCGAAAUUACCGAAUGGAAAAAAUUGGAGCCGAUCGCAAAAUUCAGAGAUAUUCUAACAAAGAUUGGCUUGUGGUCUGAGGCACAAGAAAAUGAACAUACCACCUCGAUUAAAGAACAAAUUCUAACGACAUUUGCCAAGUCCGAAAAAAAAUUGAAACCUCAUUGGAAAGAGCUUUUUACUGACGUUUAUCGUGAUAUGCCACAGCACAUAAAGAAUCAAAUGGACGCUAUGGAGAAGCACUUAGUGGAGUACGGGGAUAAAUAUCCUUUAGAGCUUUACAAAAGCUCGUAGAAAAUCGGUCCGGUGUAGUCCGAUGCAUCAUCUUCUGUCUUCAGCUAAUAUAAGAAACAAUCGUUUGCCUAUGCAGGUUCAGAUUGUUUCAUAGAAUUUUGGUGGCAGUUGAGAGAAUAAAUACAAACUUCGAUAUGC